AUGUUCGACAUGACUCCCGCUCGCGUCGUUUGGCGCGCUUUUAAUAUCAUAGUGCAAAGUCAUUCUUCAAGCGGCGGCGAACAUAAAAGCAAAGCUGCUAUGUCCGCGUUGACGCUUUUAGCAUUUUUAUUCUUUUUGCACAUACUUCAACAAUGUAUCAAGGACCAUAUGACGGCUAUGAGCACAUCUCCAAUCAUGAUUAUGUCAGCCGGAAAAGAGGGUAAUGAAUUCGAAAAAACACGUUUAAAAUUAGAUAAAACUGUGAAAAUCGACACCGAAACCGACAAAAAUGACGCGGCAUCUGAUGACAAGGAGAAGCAUUUGACCAAAAUAUCAACGUAUCAUCCAUUUAGCAACGUCCAUAAAUAUAGCGAUAAAUCACAUUUUUCAAAGUUUGUUAACGCUAUGGACCAAAAGUAA